UUUUUAGUGAAACAAGAUUUCAUGAUCCAAAUAUGGCGCAGGCUCAGCCACCUCUGAUAGUCUGCAUGGAGAAUGUGAGCGGAGAAGAAGUGGCCUUGAGAAUUGAACCUACUGACGACUUCCAGUCUUUCCUGGUCAAAGCCAAAUCGACCCUCGGUUUUGAAGUCGACAUAAAUUCCGUGACUCGAAACCAGCCAGUGUCCCUAAAUGACAAUAUCUAUCAGUUCCUCAUGAGCACAGAAAACAAUUUAGACUCCCAAGUCAUGUCUCUACCAAGUUACGACCAAGUAUUAUCCCAAACAUUCGACCAAUCUUUGCCCCAAUCAUUUGAUCAAGCUUUACCCCAACCUUAUGACCAAGCACUGCCCUCUCAGAGCUUUGACCAAAUGUUGGAACCAAGCAACGAUCCCAACGAUCUUGAGUAUGAACUUGAUGAUGGCACUCAAAUCCGAGCGUCUCAAAUACACUUUGACAACGAAGACCCACACGUAGAUCUAUCAGCAGAGAAGAUACCGUUCAUCAAAUACACUGAUGACGUCGACGAAUUUGACCUGGAAAAUGUUGGGGACGAAGAAACUAGAAAGUACAAUAUAGUCGAAAGCCCAGUUUCCAGAUGGUCCAGCAGAGAAGGCAGUCCUAGACGUAGUUUUGUCAAUACGUUGCCUUUUAAACUGGUAUGCAACAACACUUCCGUCUUCGAAGCUCAGUUUACAAAGUAUUUGGAGUCCAGCACAGCUAAAACAUAUACCACUUUGAACCCUGUUACUAAUAGGAAUAAGUCUCCAAGAAGCUUGAUAAGAGACAACUAUAAAAACUAUGACGACAAAUUCAAAGGAGAUGAUUUUACUGGAUAUACUAGGGAAGAAAUUCUCAAUAUGUUCAAAGAUUCUCCAGUUGCUUCUCUCCCGUAUGAAGGUCAGAAUCUAAACGAGAAACGGCGGCAUGUACGCAAAACUGAUCCUUCUCGGUCAGUCCAUAAGAACUGGAAUUCUAAACCUGUAAACUACGACGAUGGGAUUUUGAUAGGAGAUGCGGAGAACCAGAAUUGUAUAAUUUGUGGUAAAUUCGUUGAGAAUAAAAUCGAAAAACUUUAUGUAUUCGAUAAAGAAGACCAAAAACGACACCGGGCGUCUCCCCAAAAAAGAACUUCAAGUCACUUAAAGAUAAUUUGUGAGGGAUGCUUAGAAGAAAAUUUCAAACCAAGUCGCAUGAAGGGCCCAAACCAAUCAUUGGGCCCUGAUGAAUACCUGGUGAUAAGAAACAAUCAGCAGUACAUAUUCCAGAAGACGAAAAAGAUUGACUUCAAAACUACUUUCAACGCAGAUUUAAUAAACGAUAAAGAAAUUAAUAAGAAGAAAGAGAACGAAAAAGUAGAGUUUGUCAAAGUUGAAAUUGGGUCUGAUGGGGAAAUAGUAACUAAACCUAUAGACAAUGAUCCCAGGUGUACAGACGAUGUUGUUAUCGUUAAAGAUGAGGAUAACGAUGAAAGCUCUAGCGAUGUGGAAAUCAUAGAGCCUGCGGAUAUAGACGAAAACAUCAUAGACAAUUUGGAAGACGCAGAUGAAGAUGUUAAGGAGUUUUUGGGAAAAUAUCAAGCUGAUAAUAAUACGGAAACUGAAUUGAAAUGCAGGUUUUGCGAAAAGAUCUUUGCUGAGCUAUCGGAAGUCAUGGAUCAUGGAGAAGAACAUAAGCACGAUUUGGAAGACGGGGCGGUCUACCCUUGCCCCCUUUGUGAUUACGGAUAUUCAAAUGCAAAAUGGCUGAAAGGUCAUUUGAAGGCGGCUCAUGAGAAGAAAGAAGUUCAGAAACCUAUGGACAGUGAUGAGAUGAUCAAAAAAGAAGAUGGAAAGUCAAAACCAGCGUCUCCCAUCGCCAGAAGGACUCGAAGUUCUUGCAAGAGAACUGAGAACGACGGUAGCAAAGAGAGUCCUGUACCACCAUUAGACAACGUGGGCAAGUUACUCAGCAACGCUGAAUCGGCGGAUUCUACCUUACUGAUCAAAACAGAGGUGAAGCAAGAAGCCCUGGCCAGCAGCGAUGAUGAGAUCUGGAUAGUUCAGACCGGUGAUGAUGAUGCCACCAAACAGUUGGAGAGCCUGUUCAAUGCGGCGAAGGGCCACCAGAAACAAGAGACUUGUCCAAAGACUAUUCACAAAUGCUUCAACUGUAGUCGAAUCUUCACAUCAGAAGUGUGCCUAUCCUCCCAUAAGUGCAGAAUCCCUCGUCGUGGCAGAAAGAGAAAGUCCGAGAGUAAAGAGGACAGCGCUAUCUGCGUACCCACUAAGGAGGAUUUCCUAAAGAGAGCGCAAGGCCGACCUAGGGUAGUAACGCCUGAUAACGACUUGCUAGUUGUGAGACCACGCCGCAGGAAGAAUAAAGAACCGACAUCUGAUCCCCAAAUAGUGACGUGCCAUAACUGCAACGAAUCUUUCACUUCUAAAGUACGGCUGAAGUUUCACAUGCAGUUCCACGAGACCCCCACUCUUCCCGGUCAGUCCCGCUAUUCCUGCUCGGCGUGCGGCGAGCAGCAGUUCGCGACGGAGACGGCGCUGUUCGACCACGUGCACUUCCAGCACCACCGGCGCCGGCGCUGGCGCUGCCCCGUCGCGGGCUGCGGGAAGAGCUUCUACCUCAGGGCAACACUGACGAAGCACAGUCGCACACACACGGAUACAAGGCGGUAUGUUUGUGUGACCUGCGGAAAAAGGUUCUUGGAUAAGCAGACUUUGGAUGAGCAUGGUGUCACUCAUUUACAGAUUAAACCGUUCCAAUGCCACAUCUGCCUGAAGCAGCUGACGCGGCGCUCGCGUCUUCGAAUGCACCUACGGGCCCAUGAGGAGGAGCUUACUCCUACAUUGGUGCUGGUGUGUGCCGCGUGCCGACGUGCCUUUCGCGGACAGUCGGACGCUCAGGAGCUACCACAGGUCACGUGGAUCAACAUAAAACCGUUCCAAUGCCACAUUUGCCUCAAGCAGCUGACUCGGCGCUCGCGCUUGCGCAUGCAUUUGCGAGCUCAUGAGGAGGAGCUUACUCCUACAUUGGUGCUGGUGUGUGCCGCGUGCCGACGUGCCUUUCGCGGACAGUCGGACGCUCAGGUAGGUCUUAGGCCCUGAACAGACGGUGAAAC